UUAGAAAAAUAUAUUGAAUCCAAAGUACGGUAAUCCUAUUCAAAUAAAAAUCUCCAUGUAACCUCAAUGCCGUUUAAUCAUGACUGAAAUCACUCUCAAGGAUGAAAAGAAAUCUUCUCAUCUCACUGCAACUUCAACGCUAAGAAAUUUGAACACUGAUCGCUUUGUAUUUACACACUUUUUCUUUUUGUUUGUUUUGUGUUUUGUUGUUGGAGUUAUUUUUUUACAUUCUACAAUCAACUUGUGGAAUUAUCAGACAAAUGAAGAUGUUUUAAUGAACCUACUGGAGUUAGCAACUCAUGGUUUUAACCUGGGUACAAAAGACGGAAAAACAUGGGACAGCUAUGUGGUAACUCUUUCAAAUGCUAGCUUUCAUCGAAUUUGAUUGUGAUGUCGCUAAUGCAUCGAAAUAGAUUUUCAUUCGUUAAAGAAGGAAAAAUAAAAAUAAAUUUUGAAAACCUUUUUGAUUAUUUAUAAACGAAAAUAUUUUUUGUUAUA